AUGCAACCCGUCAAUCCACAAUCCCCAUCGAAGACUCCUACGAUACAGCCGGCGGUGACUCCGUCGAAUCGAUCUGCGCGAGCUGCGGGGAAAGCACCAGUCAGCUCUGCGACGGGACCAUGUCAUCAAGGCGUACCAACAACAGCCUCCAGUGCGGCCGUUCAAAACAAGCCAGGGAUCGCUACAAACGUCAAAGCCAAACCGGGCCCCUCAACACCUGCUCCUGUCCGCGUGUGGCAGACUAGCACGGCAGAAGAGCGUGAGGAGAUUAAGCACUUCUGGCGGGGUUUAUCAUCAGAUGGCCGACGAAGACUGGUCAGAACGGAAAAGGAUGCUGUCUUGAAGAGGAUGAAGGACUAUCAGCGUCACGCAUGCAACUGCACAAUCUGCGGCAGAAAGCGUGUUACCAUUGAAAGCGAACUUGAAAUCCUGUACGAGGCUUACGAAAAAGAGCUUGAGCUCUACGAGUCACGUCAUGGGCGAAACGGAAGCUUAGUGAAUGUUGAAACUCGCGAGGCGGUCAAUCCAGGACCGUUUCCCGGAAGCGUUGAAAUCGAUUCUGCUGGUAACGUCUUACAUCCGGAUUAUCUAGCGCCACUGUCUUAUCACGACGCGCGUACGAACGAUCGUACCGUCGGAGACAGUGAUGAAGACUACGAUGAUGACGACGACGAAUAUGAUGAGGAGGAUGAGGAUGAACUGGAGGAGGAAGACGAUCUCAGAUCGAAUGAAGCAGAACCGGCGGAGGACGAUUUCGAUGGUUAUGAUCAUCAGACAAGCAGGAACGUCCAUAAGUCCCCGGCAGGAAGUCGCGGGAAGAUGUUGGAUUCGCACCCAACCCAGCAGAAUCAUGUUACAGAAGCCGAAGCGCACGACUUCGUCUCAUUCCAGGGAGAACUAUCGAGUAUCAAGGGUGUUCUCACAGUUGCCGAUGACCUUCUCAGAAAUGAUGGGCAGCGGUUCCUUGAAAUGAUGGAGCAUUUAGCCGAGAGACGAUUCGCUCGUGCAGGUGUCGCUCCCAUCGCUCCAGCCGAUACGACAGCUCUAACACACGGCGCAGAUGACCAAGACAGCGGGGAUGAUUUAGUGGACCGAACAACAGAGACUCAUAAGCUCGAGGAAGGCCGACGGAUGUUCCAGAUUUUUGCAGCGAGAUCUUUCGAACAGAGAGUUUUGCAAGCAUACCGCGAACAACUUGCUCAGCAGAAGCAGCUGCAAUUCCUUAAGGAAUUAGAAGACGAGGAGACUGCAGCAGAGGCUAGAGAAGCGCGUAAAGCGAAAGAGGCUCAGAAGAAAAAGGACAAGCGGCGGCAACAAAAGCAGGCUAAGGACGACGAAAAGGCCAAAAGGGAUGCUCUGCUGGCAGAGGAAGCCGAGAUGGCUCGCGUCAAGCAGGCUACUGCAGAGAAAGAAGCGAAUAGACGGCGAGAAGAUGAGCGCGUGCGUAGGGAAGCGGAAAAGCGAGCUAAAUUGGAGGAUCAAUUGCGCAAGGAAGAGGAACGUCGUAAAAGGCAAGAGCGAGAGAAGGAGGCGGAGAAGGCAAAGAAGCAAAGGGAAAGGGAUGAACGGUCAAAGUCGAAUCGGUCGAUUGCUGGGGAGGUCGUCUCUAUGAAUGGUGAGAACCAGCGGCUUUCGAAUAACGGCGGCUUGGUCACCUCCAGGAAGCAGUCGACCCCCCAGGCAUUGCCGGUACCGACCUCUGAUACCGGUAGAUUGCUCGAACGAGGUCGGUCAUCAAAACCAGCAAAUGAAGACAUACCUCAGCCCAAAUCCGACGCAAGCUAUCGCCCAUCAUCGCGCCCCUCGGCAGGCGAAGCACAACAUGAGCACAGUGCGACUGCCUCCGCUUCACAAACCAGACAUGCUGCCGAUGAGGAAUCGCGUUACAUGGCUGAAGACGUUGCGAGUUCAGGCAUAGCCAACACUCGCCUUGCAGUCACUACCAGGCCGAACGAGUUAGCUGUUGACACAAGUCCCGCAGUUUACGAUACCCAACAAUGGGAUGCACCACUCGCUGCAAAGGCCGUUGCGUCUCCGACUCAAGAAGGGUCGACCAUCGCUACAAUUCCAUCCACCGCGACCGUCACGCCGUCUAUGCCAAUCGAAGGCAGCGCCCUGUCAGGGGUUGUGGGCACCGCUGUCCCGUCUACAGCCUACUCGCUUGGGGCCACUGGCACGAAUACUCGUGGCGGCGCAUACGUCGCCGGCGUGACGGCCCAUGGGCAGAUGGCAGAGAACGCGUAUCCAGUCAUGAUCUCGCCGGGCAUUCCUGCUCCGAUACGCCAAGGAGUUCAUCAUAGCGGGACGAUGCUUGCCGCUCCAGUGGAUGCCCUUCCGGUGACUCGACUCCAGGACCCGAUUGGGCCAAUUCAACCUAUCGGGCGACCUCGACCUUGUGGGCCCCCUUUUCCACUCGAACAGCCGGCUGACCACGUUGGGAAGCCCUUCUCGACUCGCAAAGCGAGCGUCAGCCAUGAUCAGGUUCUAGGCUCAGCUGCCCUAUCAUCCGGAGACGAUGAAGUGAUCAUUCCUGCGCCGAGACGAGUUUCACAUGGGCACAACGCAUUGGGCUCAAAGUGGAAUGCUGGUUCGCAGUUAAGCAGUCCUCAUUGGGGAGCGGCCUUUGCGGCAGCACCUGCUCCAAUCUGGGGACGCUCUGAGCUUUCACCUGGCGCUGUACACACUUGGCCUGCAGCUGGUAACUCGGGCACGUAUAUCGGUCAUCGAUAUGACGGCCCCAUAGGUCUUGCAGAAUCGUUUCCCGCUCGUGCUCAACAACAGCAGCAGGGGACGUCCAGGCCAGCGCCGACACAGUUCAUCGACAUCACUCGGCGAGGCAACAGAGAUGAGCGAUGA